AUGGCUAGCCCCUCUGUACUAGCUUUCGAUGCUGAGGGCCGCCCACUGAAGUUUGAGACCUGGCUCGAUGACCUGCACCUAUUCCUCCAGCUCACUGCCAAGGAGGAUAUCUCACUGUACGAUCACGCGCUAGGCAAUGCUGCUGCCCCUACUGCUACUGCUGACAGUACUGCCCGUUCACAGUGGCAGACUCGUGACGCCCAUGCUCGCUUUGCUAUUCGCAACUCCCUGCCGGUAGAUGAGCGCGAGCACUUUGGCCAGCACAAAACUGCGCAGGCACUGUACACUGCUGUAGUUGCACGCUACUCCUCACCUGCCUCUGCUGCGCUAGGCCGUCUCUCGCUCCCCUACCUGUUCCCAGACCUGUCCGCUUUCGCCACAGUCGCUGACCUCACCACACACCUCCGCACUAGUGAGGCUCGCUUCCGUGCAGCUAUGCCCGCUGAGUUUCUUGCCACCCAGCUCUGGCUCACUCUCUACCACCUUGUCACCCGUCUGCCUGACUCUCUACGUGCGGUCAGGGACCACUUCCUCGCUCGCUGCCCCACUGAGCUCACCGUUGACCUGCUCGAGAAGGAACUGCUUGCAGCUGAGACUAGCAUAGUCGCUGUAGCUGCCUCUCGUGGCGACCCCCGCACCCCUUUCUUCGAGGGGUGUUCCCCUUCCCCCCUUCUCCCCUCAGUCGCCUCUGCUGCUGCUGUCGACCUAGUUGGUACUGAGCAGGUCGGGACUGCGUCCGCUCCGAGCUGGCGCCGAAGCGGCAAGGGCAAAGGGGGAAAGGGAGGUGGUGGUGGGGGCGGUGGCGGCAGCGGGGGUGGUGGCGGGGCUGGAGGGGCUAGUGGCAGCGGUGGGGGUGGAGGCGGCAGCAGCGGAGGAGGUGGCCGGGGUGGGGGCGGUGGUUGGGGCGGCGGUGGACGCGGAGGCGGCAGAGGCGGUGGUGGUCGAGGUGGUGGCGGCGGCGGUGGUGGUCGUGGAGGCGCUGGCGGUGGCCAGAGCCAGCAGCAGCACACUCCGUCGUCCCAGGAGCUUCGUGAGUGUGGAGAGGGUGACCAGUACCUGCGUGUUCCGCCCGACCCGGGCAUUCGGACCAGUGAGGCUGCCGCUAUAGGUGCUUGCGUGUCUGCUGCCCCAGGUGCUGGUGAGGCUGCUGCUCUAGGUGCUUGCUUGUCUGCUGCCCCAGGUGUUGGUGAGGCUGCUGCUCUAGGUGCUAGUGAGUCUGCGCCCCCUGGUACUGAGUCCACUGAGGCACUGCACACCUUCACUCUAGACUCAGGAGCUUCUCGCUGUUUCUUUCGUGACCGCACUGCCCUUGAGCAGCUUGCUCGGCCAGUUGCUGUCUCCCUUGCUGACCCCUCUGGGGGUCCGGUCAUUGCGACCUCCUCCACUGUCCUUCCUUGUCCUGCGGUUUCGUCGGGCACACUGUCCGGUCUCCACCUCCCCUCGUUCUCUACGAACUUGGUGGCGGGUUGUGCGCUCCAGGACGGGGGUGUCCACCAGUUCACCCCUGCCUACGAGCGCGUGACACACUGCACGUGUGCUCGGACGGGCCGUCACCUAGCUACCUUCACUAGGCAGCCGGGGUCGGACCUGUACACACUGACCACUGAGUCCCCUCAGGUCGCUGCGUCUGCGUCUGCGUCAGGUCAGCUGUCUGCCCCCUGCUUGUGUCGCUCUCUGGCGCACGAGACUGUCCUCUGGCACCACCGCCUUGGUCACCCGUCAGUGCAGCGCCUUCGUGCCAUGCACAAACGGUACCUUGUCUCUGGUCUUCCCCGGGUACUCCCUCCCCUCCCACCCUCGCCUGCUCCUCCCUGUCUUCCCUGUGUCGAGGGGCGGCAGCGCGCCGCUCCUCACUCCUCCUCGUUUCCCCCGACGACUGCUCCCUUGCAGACGCUCCACAUGGACGUGUGGGGCCCAGCCUGCGUCCGUGGACACGGUCAGGAGAGGUACUUCCUGAUCGUUGUUGACGACUACUCGCGCUACACCACGGUCUUCCCCUUGCGCACCAAGGGUGAGGUCCCUGAUGUUUUGAUCCCUUGGAUCCACGCUUCUCGUCUCCAGCUCAGCGAGCGGUUCCACUCGGACUUUCCUGUCCUGCGUCUGCACUCAGACAGAGGUGGUGAGUUCUCCUCCGACCUCUUGGCAGCCUACUGUGCGGAGCACGGUAUCCGCCAGUCGUUCACGCUUCCGGCCUCUCCACAGCAGAAUGGGGUUGCUGAGCGCCGCAUUGGCUUGGUCAUGGAGGUCGCUCGUACCUCCUUAAUCCAUGCGGCUGCCCCCCACUUUCUGUGGCAGUUUGCGGUCCGGUACGCUGCGCAUCAGCUCAACCUCUGGCCCCGUGUCUCCUUGCCGGAGACCUCGCCCACACUACUGUGGACGGGGGAGGUUGGCGAUGCGUCGCGUUUCCGGGUCUGGGGAUCUCGAGCUUUUGUCCGCGAUACGUCCGCGGACAAGCUCUCCUCUCGCGCUGUUCCUUGUGUCUUCCUUGGCUUUGUCCCGGACGCGUCUGGUUGGCAGUUUUACCACGCCACCUCGCGCCGUGUCCUGCCCUCUCAGGACGUCACUUUUGACGAGUCGGUGCCCUACUACCGCCUCUUCCUCUACCGCACUGCCCCGCUCCCCCCCCCGCCUCUCUUCCUCGCACCAGGUGCUGCUGUGGUAGACCCCCUCCCCCCUCAGGGUGCCGCUCCCUCAGCUGGGGGUACUGCUGGUGCUGGAGCUGCUGGAGGUGCUGCUGCUACUGGAGGUGCUGCUGGUGCUGCAGGUGCUGCUGGAGUUGCUGGAGGUGCUGCCGCUACUGGAGGUGCUGCUGGUGCUGGUGCUGCUGGAGCUGCUGGAGGUGCUGCUGGUACCGGUGCUGCUGGUGCUGGUGCUGCUGGAGCUGCUGGAGGUGCUGCUGGAGCUGCUGGAGGUGCUGCUGGUACUGGUGCUGCUGGUGCUAGUACUGCUGGAGCUGCUGGAGGUGCUGCUGGUGCGGGAGCUGCUGGAGGCACUGCUGCUGCUGACGGUGCUGCAGGAGCUGCUGGAGGUGCUGGAGCUGCUGGAGCCGCUGGUCCUGGAGCGCGUCCCUCUGCCGUCUCCUCCUGCGUCCUCUCUUUCUGA